AUGAUUUUUUGUAUUAGUUUAGCUGUUAAUAUAACAACAACGACGACGAAAAUUGAGAAUUUAAUUGAAUCAUUAUUAAAACUUAUUCAUAAAUGUUUAGUUUGUUUGGGUGAUCUUAGUAGAUAUUUAAGUGAAUAUGAUGGAUGUAUACAAACAGCAGAGAAAUAUUAUACAAUGGCGGUAUUACUUGAUCCAGAAAUUGGUAUGCCAUUAAAUCAAUUGGGAACAUUAUGUGGUCGAUCGAAUGUUAAUUGUGAUGCAGCUUUUUUCUAUUUACUUUGUUUGAGUACAACACAUCCAUUUGAUGGUGCAAAAGAUAAUUUACAAAUGCUUUUCGAACGAAAUGAAAGACGAUUUUUAGAAUUUAAUAAACAACAGGCGAAAAAUCGAAAUGAUAAAACAAGUAAUCGCGAAAUUCGUCGUUUUCUUGUUGAAUUUUUACAUGUUACUCAUCAAUUACUUGAAUCAAACAAUAUUGGUCAAAUUCAAGAAUUAGGUCAACAGACAUUAAAUGAUUUUAAUGCUUGUAUGUUUUAUCAAAAUGAUUCAUUACUUUCUGAUGAUCUUGUUUUUAAAUUAUUAUCAAUAUCAAUGAUGCUUGUUGAUCGUAUUCAACGUACACGUAGUCGAACAGUUAAACAAACAAUACUUUUUGCUGGUAUUGCUUUUGCUGUUGCUCUAUUUUCACAUGUUGUUAAUCAUACAAUUAUUCGUUUACAAAAUGCUUUUUAUCAAUUACAUGAUGCUCGAACUAAAACGAAUGAAAGUGAUUCGGAAGAAGAAGAAGAACGUCGACAGGCAGAAGCAAAAGAAAAACGACGUCGAAUGAAAAUGGUAUUAUCACGACGUCGUCGACAAAGUGCAUCAUCAUCUGAUAAAAGUGAUCAAAGUGAACGUUCGGAAUCAAAUGAACGAUAUCAACGACGAGAUGAUUCAUCAGAUGAUUAUCGAUCAGAAGAUGAAAUACCAGAUUAUCUUUCUGGAGGUUCAUCAACUGAUGAGGAUAAUGAAGAACAAAAAAAACAAGUUAUACGAGAUGAAAAAGAUAAAGAAGCUGAAGAAUUAGCAAUUAAAGUUGCACUUGAUGAAUUUAUGGAAAAAAUUAAACAAAGUGGUGCUGUUUUUCAUGAUAAUAAUGAUUCGCAAACAACACUUUUUUCAUUUACGGAUUUAUCAACACAUUUAUUUGCUGCAUUUGCUUCACAUGAUUGUCCAUCGCCAUUAUUUCUUGAUCAAAAUUCAUCAGAUGAUGAUCCAUAUUCAACGUCAACGUACAAUUAUGAUCAACCAUUUAAAUCUAUUCUUAUUGGAAAUAAACAAAUCAAUGUACCACCAGGAUUUGAACAUAAUAGUGAUGCUUUAGCAGCCGCAGAAAUUGAACAAAAAAUGGCGGAAUUUGAACUUGAACCUAUUAUGGAUAAUACAACAACUGAACAACAAAAUAUUGAUAAUGAUCAAACUACUCGUUAUCAUGGUACAAAAUUAAUUCUUGAAUUACUAGAAAACGAAUAUUUACUUUCUGCCAUAAAAACUUUUUGUGAUUGGCUUGCUGGAAACAAACGUUUACUUCAAAUGUUAUUACCGAUAUCUCCUGGUCUAUGGUCAAAAUUAGCAUUAUUAUUAAAUUUUUUACCUCAUGAACGUGAUAUUAUCAAAAGUGGUUUAAUUCCCUCUACUUCACCAAUUCAUCCUUUAUUAAUAAAAUUUAUGGAAACAAAAGUUUUUGUUUUUCCACCACCAAUGCUUGAUGAAGAUAUUCAAUUACGUGCAUUUCAAUCACUAAAAGUUGAUCGAAAUCAUAUUAAAUUAAAUUUAAAUCAAUUAUCAUCAUUAAAUAAAUUUGAAUCAACAAUAAUGCGUAUUUGUUCACUCCGUCGUUUUGGUUAUUAUACAUCAUCAUUAUUAGCAAAUUCACAAUUUAAUUAUGAUAAUGAUAAAUCAUCUUUUACUGCUUCAGCUCCAUCUGAACAGCAACCAGCAACAACAACAACGCCGACGACGACAACAGCAGCAGCAGUAGUAGAUCCAAUGGUUGAUGAAGAACGUAAAUCUCGUUUAAUGCGUGAUAUGGCUGCACUCCGUUUACAAGCUGAAAUAAGUCAAUUAGAAAAUAGUUUAAAAAAUGAAGAAUUUUCUUUACCACCUUAUCUGGUUAUUGACUCAUCGGUAUUAUGUACAAAUCUCACUUUAAUACAAAAAUUUGUUCAAUCACAACGUUUUAUUAUUGUUAUUCCAUUAGUUGUAAUUGAUAUUCUUGAUGAAUUAAAAAAAGAACAACGUGAAGCACGUGAUGCUAUUCGAUGGCUUGAAAAUCAAUUUCGUGCUGGAAAUAGAUUUAUUCGUACACAAGCUGUACAUGAACGAAU